AUAUUAUUUUUUUUAACCGACAACCACACAAAAAAAAAAGAAAAACUGAAAAGUCGCACUGUGUGACCAGAGAUGGACGGAACUUGUAACGACCGAUCCAUCGGCGAUCAGCUCCACGGUGUCUUGUCACUUUGACCCCCCAACCCCAGGGGAGAGAGAGAGGAGAGGAGGGAGAGGGGGGGACUCACACCUUACAAGUUGGACCUCUGCCUUUAGCUGUUGUUUCACUGCUUGAAAGUGCGAGAGCCACAGCGUAGCCAAACCCGUCUGUGCCGUCAGGCGGUCAGUUGCCGGGAGACGGGUCACAACGCAAUGCGGACAAUGGACCGCAACACCGUACGCAACACAACACAACACCGCCGCACACAUCCCCCUCCGAUACCUGAAUGAUGCGCCGCUGAGAGAGAGGUCAUUUCAACGCAGCACAGCGCAGUCUUGAAUAUUUCAGUAGACUGGGGAAGAUGCCAUCUACACAGAAAUAUGGUACUGCUGUAGGCCAGCUUCCGGAUAUCCUGAAACAGUAUACAAAGGAUUGUAUUAGGGCCCAACCUUCAGAUAUCAUUCAGUGGUCUACAGAUUACUUCAUCACGAUGGCAACUGGAGAACUUCGUCCAGGAAGAUCAAAGGAGGAAAAAGAAAAGUCUCUACCACCAUGCAAAGUAACUCUUACACCUGGCUUAUUAAGGGCAUUACACUCACAAGUCAAUGGAAGAUUAAUAGUACAAUCAAAAGAAAUUGAACAAAAAUGGAAUGAUCUUGGACUACCACAUGACAUUCUGAGACGAAUCAUGACUGUGGGUGGUUUUGGCACUGAAAUUGAAUGGAUGAAGUUCUUUGCACUAGGGUGCAGCACUAUUGAUUCAAACAUCACAAAUGCCAUGAAAUAUGCCUUUGAAAUUUUGAGCUCAAAUGAAGAAAGUGGUCGAAUCCCUUACACCACAUUCCGAUUUCUAUACAGCUAUCUUGCUAUGAUAGAUGGAGAAAUUCAUCGAUCACAAAUUGAAAAAAUGUUGAACAACAUUGAGCGUCAAGUCGCUGAAAGCGAUGGUCUUGUCAAAGUGUCCGAUUUUACCAGCAACUGUAGAUGAUGGAACUAGCCACCAGAUGAAAUCAUCCAGUGAAAAAUGUGAAGGCUAAGCACAAAUUGUGCCAAUUAAAAUUCUUUUGCCCUUUCAGAAACAGCACUGCUUGGCAAUGAACUUACUUUGUCCAUAAUGCCACUUAAAUUUGCAUACAUCAAUAAACCUUGUAGAUUAGUGGAGAAAUACAUUUUCAGAUGUCUGUGUUAAUAAUCGGGUGAUGCAAGGUAAAAUUUAUCUAAGAUUUUCUAUCUAACUUUAAUGGAAUAAGCCUACUCAAAAUGUUCUAACUUUCGUACUGCUCAUUAGCAGUAGAAUAUUUUAUUAAGUGCUAUAUCAUUACGAUUUUAUUGCGCUAAUUUAAAAAAAGAUGACAAAAAUAUUUAAAUUAUUUAACCUUUCCCUCUAAAAUACUGUUAGAAAUAAAUAAUUUUCUUUUACACGAGCUAGAAUUUGGAGUCGCGUCAUCUUAGCGUCAUUUUGUGCAGCUCCCCCAGCGCCCCC